AUGGCAACACAAGAUGAUUUCGCAGCAGCUAAGUACCAUGCCCUAGCUGCUGUCUACUGGGGGAGCAUUCACAAAUUCAAACCCAGAUACACAGCUCUGCGAGGUGGAAGCAUUGAUUCAAACUUGCAGCUUUGUGGCAGCAGCUGGACCACUGGAGAAGAAGCUUCUUUUCAGUCCAUAUUAACAGCCCAGAUGGAGAAAUCUCCGAGUUUGUUGGAAGGGGAUAGAGCUAGGAAACAUUCAGCCCCAAGGGCGAAAUUUUCCUUCCCAAAGGCCAUCUCUCCCCAGGAUGGCUGGGGCAGCAACGCUGCUAGUGUGCACGACCUCAUACGUGAGGAUGGAGGUGAGCUCUCCGACCUUUCUCACCAAGACUUGACCCAGGACCCCGGAGAAAGGAAGAUGAGCAGUGCUGCGCUGGAAACCAUUCAGCUCAAGGACACGCUGAAGACAAGGAGGAUGUCUGAGGGUCUCUUAGACUCACGGAGAGGCCUGACUGACUGCAGUGACCCUAAGGUGGUUACCCAGAAAGCAGCAGUCUGCAAGUCAGCUUCUCAGAGGCUCUUGGGAACCUCCAAGCCCAUGCCUCCCACCCAGAACAGCCUUCCUUCCUCAGUGGCAAGCAGGAUGAGUAAUGGAGAGCAGGAGCAUGGGGAAAGUGGCACAGGCUGUGGUGACGGUGAUGAAAAUAACACGGAGCUGAUGUCAGCAGGAGAAGGACAUGAAGCUUCCCUGAUGCCCUGGUAUUGCAGUGGUGAGGAUGGGAAGAAGUCACUGGGAGUGACUUUGGUUCGCACUGUCCCCAAGUCAGCAAGACCUUCUGAUGGGGCUCCUGGCAGCACUGCACUGCCUGUCCGAAGCUCUCAGCACUUGGUUUUCCAAGAGGCCUUGGACAUGAGGCCAAGAUCAGGCAGGAGACUUGAAGAGCAGACCCUGAAAUCUCCAGAGCUCCCGAAUGGGGAACCCCUCUUGCCUGUUCUACAGCAUUGCACUGUGGCUGGCGUGGAAUCUGCCAGACACUUGUGUGAACCUGUGCCCCCAUUAAAAGGCCUCCCACACAGCCAGGGCAAGGAGAUGGAUCAUGUUGUGAGCUCCUGCCUUCUGAGUGAUGAUGACGACUUCAAGGACAGCAGUGGAAGGAUCCACGUUACCUUGUGGAAGAGAGCUCAGAAGAAAAUACAGCAGCAUCAAAUGAGACAGACGGAACUUUUGUGUAGAGAGAGGGAGAAAGAGAGCGAAAAGGAAAAGUCUUUGCAGCUUCCUACACUGAGCGUUGACCCAGGGGAUGCAGCUGAAGAAGGUUUUGGCUCACUGCCUGUCAAUGCGACAGUUUCCAUUUCCACCAGCAUGAUCAACGCACACAGAAAUCACGCUGGUACUGCCUUGAGGAAGCAGGUCAACAGGCCCUCACUGCCCAGCAUCUCCACCGCCAGCCAGCGUGGCAGCUUCCCGCACAAGUCCUCAGCGAGCUCACUGCCGGCCAUUGCUCUGGAAUACCUGGAGUGGGACGAUGAGCCAGAGUCUAAGGACGCCCAGGAAGGCAGACCUUUGCCUCACCCACAGCAGGUGCUGCUCCAUGCGCUUACAUGUCUCAACAACGACGAUUGGCGGAACAAGGCGAAGGCACUCUUCAGGAUCAGACGCCUGGCCAUGUGCCACUCAGAGGUCCUCCUUUCUAGGCUUCACGACGUUUCCCUGGCAGUUACAAAAGAGGUGAACCACCUCCGCUCAAAGGUGAGUCGCUGUGCCAUCAACACUCUUGGAGAGCUCUUCAGGAUCUUGAAGAAGGACAUGGACCAGGAGGUGGAUAAUGUUGCUCGGGUCUUGCUCCAGAAGAUGGGGGACUCCAGCAACUUCAUUCAGAAAGCAGCCAAUCAAUCCCUGGCAACGAUGGUGGAGACUGUGACUCCUGCACGAGCAAUGAGUGUUCUCAUGGCUGUUGGAGUCCAGCACCGCAAUGCCCUGGUGCGGAAGUGUGCAGCUGAACACUUACUGACCACGAUGGAGAAAAUCGGAGCCAAUCAGCUGCUGUCUUGCACGCGUGGCAGUAGUCAGCUGCUGGUGCACACGGUGAUGAAGCUUGCUCAGGACUGUCAUCCGGACACAAGGUGUUAUGGACGGAAGAUGCUGAAUAUGUUGAUGAGUCAACCAAAAUUUGAUACAUAUUUGAAACACUCUGCCCCCUCACGUGACUUGGAAGACCUUAAGGCAACACUUCAGCAGAAGGGUACACAAGACCCUAAAUGUGAACCUUCCAUCAGACAAAAGAAGUCUAAGAACAGCAGCUUGACGAUGCCCCAGGACAAAUUGCCUUCUGGUGGAAGGCCUCGCCUCUUACGCCGUCAGACAGUCCAAUGCCCAUCACUUCGGACUGUGGGAGAAACUGACCAGCUCAGUGAGCUUUCCAACCUCCUGACAGCCAAGGAUUUUCAGACCCGAACAAAGGGAGUGGCUCUCCUCCUGGGUCACUGCAAAAACCACCCCCAGCUCGUCUCCACUAACAUUGUCCGGAUUUUUGAUGAUUUUGUCCCAAGACUUCAGGAUUGCCACAAGAAAGUGAAACAGCAGGCACUGGAGGCUCUAGCUUUAAUGAUACCCAUGCUCAGAGAUGCCUUACACCCAGUGCUGGUCCCUCUGGUAGCAGCAGUCACUGACAAUCUGAAAUCAAAGGACCUGGGAAUUUAUGCUGCAGCUGUGAAGGCACUGGAAGCAUCCAUUUCUCACCUAGAUGACAUAUUGCUGCUGCAAGUGUUCACCCAACGAGUGCAUUACCUCAACGGCAAAGCUUUGCUGGAGGUUGCAGAACAUCUCCCAGCGCUUGUGGCAUCUGUUUAUCCCCUGAGACCCCAAGUGGUCAAGUGCUACGCCCUGCCCGUGCUGUGGUUCUUCCUGGGAAAAAGGGCCCUGCCUGUCGGAAGCGGCAAUGUCAGGGCUGUGGUCAUCAAGCUUGCAAAGAGCCUCUACGAAGUGAUGGGCUCCAGGCUGAAGGAGAAUGCUGCCAGCCAGCCUCAGCAUGUGGUGAAAAACCUCAACGACAUUUUGGACCAGAUCUGCGAGUGA